AUGGGUCUUCCCGCCCAAUCCGUUCUAGCCUGGAAAAUCACCCUCACCAUCUUUCAGGCAAUCGCCAUUUCAUCGACGCUCUACCGCCUUUGGAGAAGGUAUCGGAUUCAGAGGCUGUGGUGGGAUGACUAUGUCGUCGUUAUUCCGCUGGUUAUGGAUAUUGUGUAUACUGUGACGUUUUGUUUGCAGUUUCGGGAUCCUGGUGAGUCGAGAGCUCUAUGA